AUGUACUGGCUCGUCCAGAUUGUGCUGCUUCUGGCAGGUGUCGCGGUCCUUCCGCUCCGCGCGCUACAGGUGGAACGGUACUAUGUAACCGUACCACGCGGUUUCACCGGAUCGGUGGACUCUUUUAGGAACUGUACGAAAGUCACGCUGAUAACGCAGUUUGAAGAACACCACAGAGUCGUCGAAGUCGAGUUCCAUCCGAAGUGUGAAGGGAAGCUGCGCUUCUCGCAUCUCGGCAGCUUGGAACCGAGGGAAUUCGUUCUCGAGUUCCUCGCCCAGGACAGCGCGGCGAACGCCUAUGUGGUGGCCGUACAUUUCACCGUAAUUGAGAACGCUGCGCUGAAUAAAGUUCUCAGAACAGGUUCCGUUGCGACUCUACGGAUCAAUCAGACGUUGUCGAAAGUUCUCCACCUGAACCGGUGUCAGGCGAGACUCGUUCGGCUCCCGCAAUUCAAACAGCUUUCCGGGGCUUGUGGAAAAAAUCUCUAUGAGUGGCAGAAAUGCGAGGAUUUCACCGACGUGCAUUUUUCCGAAAAUACCGAUCUCGACGAUUUCGUGAUCGCGAUCAAGAGCGACUUGGACGGCGAGGAGACGAACGUCAUCGUUUACAUGGUCGAUAAGCUCCAGGCACCGGAACCCACCUUCUCGUCGAGCCUUCAAAUCGAAGUCACGCCAAAUAUCCUCACGCCAGUGAGUCACACCGCGCUUUCGACCGAUGAAACUGCAGCUUUCUUCCGAGUUCUUGGAUCUCCGGAAAACUGCGGAUUCUUCAAAGCGAACUCGCGGACACAGAUUCGUCAGUUUUCACCGCAGGAGAUCGAUAAUUUUGAAAUCGCGCUCCUCUGCAAAACCGUUGAGCCGAUCCUGGAGAUCAAAAUGGACUUAGUGAACAUCCUCGGAGGAGAAUCCUACGAGAAGUUCAGUCUGAGUCUGAAGCAGGCCGAUUUCGACCAGGCCAUAGCCUACGAGGACCUCAUCGUCAACGGGAACAAUUCCGCCACUCUCGUGGUCGAAAGCUCGAAAGAUCUCCGGAUUUGGACCGUCGAGGGUUUCACGAGAGGCGUCCUCAUCCACGACGGUCUGACCGUGGAUCAGUUUGCGGCGAACUCCCCGCUGACGUAUAGUUCGUCCGCCAAAGAAAUCUCCACGGACAACCUCGUCCUCAAGCCCAAUCAGAGUUCGUUCCAGUUUCUGGUACCGGUGAUUGUCGUACCGAUGGAAAUUAAUUUCUACCUCACGUUCGACAGCCUAUCCGUCAUGAUCGGUCGGAGCACCGUCGUGUCGAAGAAUCUAUUCAAGUAUUCGAAGACCGUCUAUCUGGGCGAGAUCGUUUUCACCGUCAGCAAGCCGCUGCCGUCGCAGGGCGAGUUCCUCCUGAACAACAAACGGACGACAAAAUUCACUUUUUCGGAUGUCCUGCAUCUGAGAGUCGCGUAUCGAGCCUCCCCGGCCGCGAAGAUCGGAUCCGAAGACGUGAUAAUUCUCUGCGAGAACACGAUGUUCUCCGCGAGUCUCCUCACGACCAUCCACUACUCUCAUGGGACCAAGGACAAGAGCUAUCCCCGCAAAGCUAAAAACAGCGACCUGCAGAUGAAGGUGGGCGCCUCCGGCAACGAGCGAGUGGUCCUGGAGAAAUCCCACCUGAACUACGAGGAUUCCUCCUCCGAUGGCAACACUUGCUCUCAACACAUCACCUUCAGGAUAACGUCACCGCUCAUUGACUCCGGCAACCCAUCGGCUACCGCCAUCGGUGAAAUCGCUGACGAGAGCGGCAGUGGUUUAAGCGAAUUCACCCAGAAAGACAUCAACAUGGGUCGCGUUUUCUACUACCCGCCGUCGUAUGUCUUGGAUCGCUUGCAGCCCCGAAGUUUGACUUUCGAAUUCUCGGUCUCGGAUCAGUACGGCAACAAGGUGAACAACCACAAGUUCUACAUUUAUCUCGAUUCGGUGAAAAUAGAACAGACGUUUAACUUUAACCUUACGUCCGCUGCCACCAUCCACGUCCUGGGAGACAACAUGAUGAAUGAGACGUACAACGUGAGCUCCAGUCGCUUCAUGCUCACCGAAGCGCCCAAGCACGGAGCUCUCAAAGAUCCCGAGAACGACGUAUUGAUCGUCGGUGACAUCUUCACCUUCGACGAACUGCACAAUUUGGGUAUCAGAUACGUCCCACACUCGAGGAAUGUCAACGACUCGUUGGAGCUGAUUGUCUACGACUACGAGACCUCGUCGAGCGGAUCGACUACGAAAAAGAAAUACUCGAUGAUAAAGUUGAAUUUUCUCCCGUACGACUCGCUCAGUCACGACACCGAGCGUCUCGAUGGAACUUCGUGGCGUAUGAAGGUCCUCGAAGGUUCCAGCAAGAGCAUGACCAUCGGAGGAAGCCAAUACCUCGUUGUAGUGCAGCAACCAGGACACGGCAAGGCAUCUAUUAGCGAAGACCGGAGCAGUUCGGGGAUGAUAAACAUCACGUAUCAGCACUCCGGUGACGAGGUCGGACUCGAGAUCGGCCAUGACGUGUUCGUUCUGCAGAACGAGGACGGGACUAACAUAAAAAUUGAAGUUCAGAUCCUCCCUGUAGACAACUCGUCCCCCGGGAUCACGCUGCCCCCGGAAAUCACGGUGCAGGAGGGCGGAAACGUCUCGCUCGGUAUCGUGAUAGAGGACAAGGACUCUCUUCAUUUCAAAUGUGAUAUCACCGAGCCGUCGAACUUGGGAUACCUCGCAAGCUCCGAGGGCUUUGUGUUAAGCUUCACCGAGGAAAACGUCGGUAGUUUAUUCUACGUCCAGAACCUGCAUUAUCAGCAGGAGCCCCGGAAGGACUCGUUCAGUUUCAUCUGCACCGAUUCCGUGAACGUAUCACCGGAGAGUAAAAUCAAUAUCGAAAUCAUCCCCACCAACGACGAGUCUCCGUACCUGAGCAUCGACGACGUAACAGUUUUAGAAGGUCGGAUAGCACCGGUCAAGAUGAAAUUCAUCGACCGAGACAUACCGAAGGACAAACUGCUGUUCACGGUGUCGAAGCAUCCCGAGCACGGAACCGUCGGUAUCUUGAGGGCUAACGGCGAGAUUUCGAAAAUGGACGAGUUCACCGACGUCGAAGCGCAUCGAAUCGCGUACCAACACGACGGAUCCGAGAGCAACACUGACCUGUUCGAAUUAACCCUGUCCGACGGUUUUCAUAAUUUCUCGUUCUCUGCUCCGGUACACGUCUUGGCGGUUGAUGACGAGAUGCCUUACGUCGUAAACAAUCGGGAGGUCCAUCUCGACGCGCGCGGUUUCCGGAAACUGACGAGUCACGACCUCAGGUCCACCGACAAAGAUACACCAGCCGAGAAGAUUGCCUACAUCAUAACCGACGAACCUCGCUUCGGACAAAUUCUGAAGGACGAUGAGAAAACAGUGAAGUUCACUCAGGACGACAUCGAGAACCAACGGAUUUCCUAUCGAAAUACUUGGAAAGUCUGUUGCAUGAACGACAGCUUCAGCUUCAAAGUCACCGACAGCUACAACACCUCACCAAAACAGAAUUUCUCCAUCGCCAUAAUCGCGCCUUCAUUAGAGGACGCCGACUUGAAACCCAAGAGCAUCUCUCUUGCCUCGACGGCCUUCGUUCUGGAUUCGAAUGAAUUUACGGCGUCUCUCGAGGGUAAAGACCUCAGUAGAGAAGGUAUCGAUCUUCUGUGGACGCUCCGUGAGCCAAUCAACGGCGUUUUGCGCUUCACCGAUGACGGAGGCAGUCCGGUCCUGCGGUAUUCGAUCAAACAAGAGGCUAUCGACCACUUCCGAACCAAGGAUUCUUUCAACCUACUGCUCCGCACUGAUACCUGGACCCAUGAAAACGUAUCGGUUUCCUUGGAAUGGUGCUGGUUGCUGCUCUCCGUCGAGGACGAUGAAGGCUUCCUCGGAGAUCAACUCAACGUCACGGUGACACGGAGGGGCGUUCCCUCAUCAACAAGCGUGACCUUGACCGUAGGACAGAAUCGGUUGCCCUUGACGCUCGACCGGGACCAGAGUUCGCUUUCACUUCAAGUUGAGGUUCCGCCGGUGAAGGAGAAAGACAUCGAGCUCAAGUUGAUAUCAGAGAAGCCCGGUUGCCUGAUUCAACCUCAAUCUCGUCGAGUUUUCCCCGUGGAGCGUCUCCGCAGCAGCGUGACUUUCGAGCACGCGAGCUACACCGUUCAAGAACCUCGAAAUGGCACGGUGCGAGUCUUCCUCAAAGUCGUCCGAACUGAUAAGAGGACGUCUCCAAUAAACUUUAUCGCCGAAACUCAACAUCAAAAGUCUGGAGCGACGUCGGGGAUCGAUUACGUCCCAUUGGAUCAAGCCUUCGAGCUCAGCGGUUCGUCGCGCAGUGUCCUGGUUCCGCUGAAAAUUCUCGCCGACCGCGAUCAUGAGGACGAUGAAGCGUUUUUCGUCGUCCUCAAGGAAAUGCAGUCCCGCAGGCCGCUGGCCAAGGCGACGGUUUCCAUAAUCGACGCGGUAUCCUCCGAGCAAACGUUCAGCUCGCCACCGGUCGUUCUCUCGCUGAACGAAGACGGAAGCGUCCUCAAUCACUCGAUGAGACUUAACCGAGGUUACCCAGCGAUAUGCAUCACGGAAUGUGACGGACGCCAUCCAUCAUUCUCGCCGCAGUCUCCGUUGUGCAGUCGUCUGGAAUUCAGUAAUGGGCCGGCGUUGAGCGUUUCUGUCAGGUGGAAAUGGGCGCUUCACUCGUCGGACGAACUCGAGCCGCUUGUUCCUCCGACGAAUGUGAAUUUCCCUGCUCGACUCGAAAGCGUUCUCCUCGUCCCCGGCUCGCGCAUCUCGUGCUCGGUCAGACUGCAGCUCGCGCCCGUCAAGGGACAACUGGGGAAAGGCCGAGGCGAAGAACGAGAGAGCAUUGUCUACGAAGUUGGAAGCGAGGGGGUUUGUCCACCGUCCAACCCCGACGAUGUUGCUUCGGAUCCCUACACCGCCACGUUGAGCAUUGUCGAAGGGAGCUCCCCGUCAAGGCCCCAAGUGCGGCUCCUCGUCACCAUUCCCCAUCGCGACGGACUUCUCCCGUUGGUGUCGACGUCGCCGAUUCCCCGGUCGGUUCUUAGCUCAUCUUCCGUGGCGGCCCGGUAUCCAUGCUCGAACUUCGCCAAUUUCAGCUCGUUGAUGUCGACGCUGUCACUGCGGAGCUGCUCGUGGAGAUUCCAUCGGGUGUUCACUGUCGAGCAGCUCGAAAAGCUCUGCGGUGCCGAACGCAAGACGAAAGUGUUCGCUUCUUCUGACGAGCAAGAGGACUCGAUCGAAGAGCUUGAUGCUUCAACGGUGACGCUUUCUCUGCCUCUUCACGUCGCCUACUUCUAUCGAACUCCUUGUCCAUCGCAGUCGUCACCCGCUCAAGUGCGUUGGAGGCAUGUUUCGCUGUCGAACGUCGUUCAGCUGAGUUUCCUCUCGGAUAAUAAUCAAGCGAGCGAUCAAAAGCUCAACGGGGGAACUGUCGAAAUGGAAGAAGUGAGGAUCUCUCCGAACGGACACCUCCAAAUCAGAUUCCGCAGCCUCGCUUUCCUCUCCGGACCAGGAAGACUCGUAUUGAACAAGAACCAUGAUGACUGGAACUCGACUUUGAUAACAGCCGAUUCGGCGACAUCUCAGCCUCGAAUCACACUGAAAAUUCAACUACAACGGAGCCUCUCAUCUACACAACUCGAAUGGUUAAUUGAAUCUGUCGAAAUGGUUUCGCGAUUCCGGGGGAACGUCAGCUUCACCUUGCACCCUUGUGUCUACGUUAAGAACUCGAUAGACGAGUGCCACGAUGCCGAAAUUCAGCGCUCCUUGGACUUCUCAUUCCCGAUCCACAUAGAGGCUCCGAAGAAAUCGGAGGGAACGACCUACUUAUUGAGGAGCGAAUUGUCGCUGACUCGCGACAAAUCCAGCUGGAUCGAGAACGUGCGAUCUGAGCAUAGCUCAGAGGGGGGUUCUGGAGACACGUUCGUUGAAGGCGAUCUUGUUUACGGAAAGGUUCGGGCCUUCUUCGAGGGCAACGGAGCUGCCGUCUUCCAAGCGAACAUCGAACGAUGUUAUCUCUGCUCUUCGGACAAACCAAUGCCCCAAGAGUCCCCCGACGCGAAAGAACAGCCGUGUGCGGAUCAUACCCAGAUGAACUGUCUCCUGAAAAUCUUGGAUUUCCAAGAUCCCUACUCGGUGGAUACCCAGCUCCAGGGGCAGGCCUUCAACGCGGUCAUGAUGUCCCAAGACCCGACGUCUUUCGAUCCUGAAGUCCUGGAAGCUGUCCGAGAUGACCAGAAAGCCGAUGGAUUCUUAUUCCAGAGCGAUCCCCUUUUCGCCUUUCAGAGAGAUUCAGAAAACAUCACUUUCUGGACCGUUCAUUGCAUCUUCACGCUAUCAGCCGAAUCGUUGAGGGGAGCACGAGAACGUCGGAGCGUGUCCUUCCCCUUGAUGCCAGACUCCGAGGAAUUUCGUGAGGGCUCUGCGUCCCUGAAACUGCAAGGGACGUCAUCGAGCGCUCUGGCCGGAUCACAGAGACUCGCGCAUUUCAUCGCUUGGUUGUCGCAUUCGAGUUCGAAGGUGCCUCUCUUUCUCCUGUCAGGAUCAAUCGUGUGCCUUGCAUUGCUCCUGUUGAUCCUGAGUCUCGUCAAAUUCGGUCGGCGUACGCCGCGGUAUCAACAAGUGAAAACCUCUACUACGUCUAACAACAAUCAGAUCGUGACGAUGCACGUAUUCCCAACGAACACAACGUCGAAGGACAAACUCGGAUCUCAGGAGAAAAUCGUCUAUCCCAGACUCGCGGAGCCAGAUGCGUUCUAG